GAACAUAGCAAAGGACAGAACAGUUCCUACCCGGACCUGCAAUGAGACGCACACUCAAACAUGGCGGCCAACAUAGAGCAAAUUUUCCAAGAUUUUAUAUUGAAUAAAAUCAGAGAAAUUGAAGACCAGAAUGAAGACAAAACUGCUGCCGAAGGAGAGGGUAAUGGCGUUGAAAUGGUUGGAGCGGAAAAAGCCACUUCGGAGGUAGACAAACAGGACGACUUAAGGGGCAGCGGUUCACAGAAGAAACAAAAGAAGCACAAAAAACACAAAAGCAAGAAGAAGAGGAGAAACCGAGAAAAGGAGGAGGAGAAGAAGAGCAGUUCGGAGUCUGGGGCAGAACUGGAGGGAGGAACCAAACAACAGCCAAGAAGAAGAACGCCAACGGAGGCGAAUAAGGAGCAAGGUGAGGAUAACGAGAGCAAGUCCAGAUGCCACAAGCGGCAUUCAAAAGCAAAGAGGAAGAAGAAGAAGAAGAAGAGGAGGAGGAAAGGUGAAGAGAACUCCUCCGAGUCCGACUCCGAGUUCGUGUCAAAGCAGAGGGAUAGUAAUUGUGGUCAAAGCUUAUUGCCAAGGCGACGAGAGGAGCUUCCUGAUAUCAUCCCAAAACAGGACAGCUCCAUUAAAGGAAGAGGAGAUGAAGAAAGACAUGGCAGGAGGAGUUUUCGUUCCCGUUCACGGUCACAUUCCUAUUCUCAUUCACAUUCCUGUUCAGUAAGGAGGAAGUCUCGGUCUAGAGACCGCCACCGAAGAUCUAGGACUCGCUCCCUAUCCAGUACACAGCGCCACAGGACUCGGUCUAGCUCUUCAGAGAAGAGGGGAGCUUUGGAUGAAUCCAUACAGUCCACCCAAUGUCCUUUAAAAGGCCUCCAGCCACCUGAGCUGGCCUCCGGCCCUACCCGAAGUAACAUCAAAGCACAGGAGCUGACAGAAUCAAGCACAGAGCUGCAGAGCCCUGACCAGAUGGAAAAGCCACCAGAGAACAAAGAAGAUAAAGCAGAUGACUCGACACAAAAACUAGGUUCUGGCGCAGCCCACUCCACGAUGAGCCAAUCCAUAUCUACUGAACCUGACCAGACCACUGAGCUCAACUUGCCUCAGCUUAAAGCAUCAACAUACCCGAGUACAUCCGACACUAAUGCUAAAUCACCAGCAAAGAUGAAGAGGAAACCAUCCAAGUCCCCACAGAGGAAAAAAGAAGCAAAGUCAUCAAAGAGGCAGAAAAGAUCGAAGUCACCAUGUAGGAGCCACAGGAGGGGAUCUAGAUCCAGGAGUCCUUUAAAGAAGAAGAGAUCACGGUCGAGGUCAGGGGGGCGGCGGUCGCGGAGGUCGCGCUCACGGUCGGUGUCAAGGGGUCGGAGGAGGGCUACAUACAGCCAGAGGGACCGCUGGAAACGAGAGCCAAGUCACUCCCCUGUACUCAUCCUCCGCAAAAAUAGAUCCCCCGCUCGGAAACUCUGCAGUUCGAGCAACAGCCCACAACGCAUCAGUGAACUGGAUAAGGACCAGUUGUUAGAAAUCGCCAAGGCCAAUGCUGCCGCCAUGUGUGCCAAAGCAGGAAUGCCCAUCCCUGCCAGCCUGAGGUCUACAGUGCUUCCCCUGUCUCUGCCCAGUAUGGCCAUGAAUGCUGCUAUGGCCAGUAUGACGGCUGCCACCAUGACAGCGGCAUUGUCCAACAUGGGCAUGUCGUCAUUGCUCCCGUUGCCCUCCAUUACCAAUAAGCCCCCUCCUGUCUCAACGCAACCCAACACUGCUGCUUUGGAGGAAGUGAAGAGGAAAGUAGCGAAGCAGGCCAACAGCAUCAGCAUUAAGGAGUUUACUGAUAAAUGCAAGAUGAUUGUGGACAGCAAAGGAGAGCUGCCGGUGGCAAUGCCUCAUGUCUCAGACGAAGAGGAUGAUGGGAAGCCUUUUGGAGGAUCAGCUCUUCGAGAGCAAAAAGCCAUCAGCUUCAGCAUCAACAACGCCACAGUACGGCCAGCAGUGCGUAGCGACGCAGGCAUGGCCAAGGAGUUUCCUGUGUCUUCAGGAUCCCAACAUCGUAAGAAGGAGGGCGAGGCGCUGGGGGCCUAUGGAGAAUGGGUUCCGGUCGACAAAACAUCAGACAAAGCUGCAGCUGCCUCCAGAAAAGCCGUGACCACUGUUCCCACAGCGACAGCUACCUCAUCAUCAGGUGAAACGAAGACAGCACCAGGGACAACGGAGGUUGUCGAACAGCCCGUUUGUGUGCUAGAUAAUGACAGCGUUUUUCCUGACCCACUACUGCAGCCAGUAGAUAUUUCUCAGGCUGUAACUGAGAGAAUCAAAGCUCAGAGGCGAUUGGCUGAGAACCCCUAUGAUGUCAAUGCCAUCUGCAUGCUCAGCCGGGCACAAGAGCAGGUGGAUGCGUGGGCCCAAUCCAAUACUGUCCCUGGCCUUUUCACUGGUUCGACUGGAGCCCAGGUCCUCAGCUCGGAGGAGCUUUCUACCAGCGGACCACAAGCAUGGCUGAAGAAGGACCAGUUCCUCAGGGCAGCUCCAGUAUCAGGGGGUGUCGGGGAGUUCCUGAUGAGAAAGAUGGGCUGGAAGACAGGAGAGGGCCUAGGGAGGAACCGCGAGGGCACCGUGGAGCCAAUCAUAAUUGACUUCAAGGUCGAUCGCAAAGGACUAGUUGCUGAAGGAGAGAAGCCACAGAAGCAGACAGGAGGACUGGUGGUAACCAAGGAUCUAAUGGGGAAGCACCCGGUGUCUGCUCUCAUUGAGCUGUGUAACAAGAGACGGAUAAUGCAGCCGGACUUUGUCAUGGUGCAUCACAGUGGUCCUGACCACCGAAAGAAUUUCCUCUUCAAGGUCACAGUGAAUGGCGUGGACUACCAACCCCAAACAGCUAGUCCCAAUAAGAAACAUGCCAAAGCCAUGGCAGCUACAGUUGCACUGCAGGCUCUGGGAGAGGUUCCUGUUGAUGGACCAGGACUCUACACUGGCCCUGUCUUCACUGCUGCGUCUACUGGCCCCCUGUUUUCUACAUAGACAUCCACACAAUAGAGGGACUGACACAUUCUACACAGUUCAACUGUUUGACUAUAUUCUCUCUUCAGUCGUGGGACAUUGACAGAAAGGGAUUUUUGAGUCCCGCUAAAUAACCGGUCCAUCAUUUCCACUCUGGUCACUUAUUUAUACAGUAUACUAAGAACUGAACAAAUACUCUAGGCACAGGACAGUGAGAACCACGAAGACCAGUCUGGCUUCAGGUGACUCUGAGUAUCUUUGUAUCGAAGCCACCUGUGACUGAAUUUAUACCCUUCAAAGUCACAUUUUCUUUUAAACUACGUUCCUGACAGUGGCAAAUAUUUUUUUGCCGGGUUUUUAGGAUUGCGAAAGAGUCUCCAUCAUAUUAAACGUGGAUGACAUGUACAGUAUGUAUGUAUAUAUGUAUGUAUGUAUGAUAUAGUAGCAUUUUAGUCUGAUAUAUAUUAGCUGACCAAUACUUUAGUAUAACCCUAGAACAGACACACGUUUCACAGCAAUGGAUUUGUUGUUGGUCACUGACAUUGGAAAAAAAAUGAACAAUGUAUCUGUAAAUGCCUGUGUCCUGUUGGUUAACUUUUCUGUUGGUCCUGAUAUUACAUUUGUGGCCUGGCCUCUUUCUAAAAAAAAAAAAAAAAAAAAAUUGUUUCUCAUACAAGAGGCUUUUAAAUUUUAUGGAACUAACCCUCUAAAAAUGUGUAAACUGAAUAAAGAUUAUAUUUAUGUUAUGUAGUAGAGGAAGCCAAAAUGUGUUUUUUGGCAAAAAUGCCUAUGUUUAAUGUGAUUUAAGCUUCUUAUCAGUGUCACCGUUUAUACAACUUAGCAGGGUGCUCACCUCCAUUUCAGCCCUCCAGUACACACACACGAGUUGUGUCAGCUGCUUCUUUUCACUCGCCGGUGAAGAGAUUCACUGGGAGUUGAAAAUGCAUUUGUGGGAGAUUUUCCCACAAGACAAGUACCCUAAUCAACCAGCAGGAGUCCAUAAUGCAAUGACAUCAUCUCUCACCAUCUUCCCAUCUGUAAACACUGCCAGAUGUUUUAAGAUCUUCUCAGUAAGGAGCACUACUGCUGAGCAUUGAAGCUGGGUAUCUGCUGUGGUUGGCAAGUGCUGACACCCAGUCCACUGAUUGUGUAAAGUCAUAAUUUACUCUUGUAUUCUGAUGAAAACUGUGAUUCCCACACAAAAUGUUUUACCCAUGGGCAGU